AGCUGAUCCAUCGUAGCUCGUUCUGUACGUGCAGAUCCGCCUGGAUCUGUGAGUACGUUGGAUCGUUCUGUUAUACACAGUCGUCAUGGGACUCAAUGAAUACAUCCUAUUCAGAACACGUAGAAGCACUCUUAUGCCUCUGAGUCCUGCGUCAAGGCGAGCCCGAGCGAGUGGCGAACGCGAGAACGAGCUCGUAAAGUGGACAUCCCGUGGAGAAUCUAAAAAUGAUCGAACGCAGCUCUCCACGCGUCCCGUACGAGCGGAUGAAUGAAAACUGUUAAGAUAGUUCGUGAAUGGAUCUCCGAUUCAUAGGCGGUCUUGAACGGGUUUCGAGUAACGAAAUUCCUCGACGGGUUCGAUGCCAGACGCGGAGUUCGUUCGGACCGGAUAUUGAUCCUCGACUAACAAAACAGACGCGUACGAGCAGCUUUGAACGUCUUUCGAAGUAAAACGAUAUCCGUACGGGAAGGAACGUUGCUGGCGUCGAGAUGACGGAGGUUACUUACGUGAGGAACCCGUAUCCCUUGCCAGAAGUUCACAGGGAAGGAACUUGGACCCGUAGACCGGUGCUCGGGAAGAAAGUGGUACCGCGAGAUAAAAAUUGGAGCAAAGAUCUGAAGGCUUUCGAAAGACUGUUCGCGCAUCACACUUUGAACAGCAUAAGGAAGGAUCACAGGCUGUUCAGACCAAAGGUGCCAGACGAUUCUUUGGAUUUGGCACUGACCACGGUUUACGAACAUGGCACAGACUGUUUGGUCCCUAAAUCUUAUGUGCCGAUACAACCGGAAAGUCUGAACAGAAAAACAUGGCGGGUAUUGAAGAACCGAAUCGCGCUGUACGGAUUUGCUGAACUACCAGAGGAACCGGAAGAUCCAUUGUCCACGUUCCUGAAGAGAGCCGAGUGUUAUCGCGGCCCGAUUCCAGAGAAGAGAGUCCAUCCUAGUACCAUUAAAUUAAACAUAACCGGGCCGCAUUCCGUGCAAUCGAACCCUGGGUAUUCGAGGAAAAUCGACGGGACUUUUUACAAUAUUUAAACGACGGUCUGAACAUACGAAAGCCCCGCGCAUAUUUGAUAAAGGAAAGCUCCCGAAGUAAAACUAAUAUACCGACAAUUUUAUUCUGCUAACAACUAUUAAGUCGCGAGCCGGCCAUCGAAAUCGUGUGCUAACAGUCGAUAUAUUUGAGAAUAAUUAAUUAAAAUCGACCAUUAUUCAUUACCUACGUCGAUCCUACGUUUCGCUAUAUUUAUUAACAGGCUUCCCACCGGAUCGAUUUUAAUAAUGAACUCAUCAAGUUUGAACGUAAUUUUUGUUAAAUCCGCUAUCUACUAAUUGACUCUUUAGAUAUCAAUUGUCCAAAGUCAAAUUUCGAAGUGCGAUAGAAUCUUUCUUAAGUGAUAUCUGUGUAAGAACAUUUCGCAACUCUAUCAACGUUGUAUCUGAUGUUGAACGAUCGUUAUCUGAUGCUAUUUCACACAGGUGCAACGUUGGCGUAAUGAGAAUGAUGCAUUGUGAUAAAACAUGAAAUACAAGGUGUGUAAAUUAAGGACGUUUGUUAGGGUUUUAGAAGAAAAGCGGUGCGGGGAGUCUCCUAUUCUUAUACAUUGUAAAAAUCGAGUAAUACCAACAUCAUAUAUUUAACAUAACAACUAUUCAAAAGCAUUAAAAACAUAAAUAGAUAACAUACGUGAAUAGUAAAAUAUUUAAAAUUUAUUCUU